UCCCAUAAACAACCUUGAACAAAGAAACUCGAACUGAAUGUCCAGCUUCUCUAACCUACAUGACAUUGUGCUCGGCGGAAAAACAUGUUGUAACGGGUUGAACACCGGAAAAUCUGAAAGAAAAUGCUUCAGCUAGGAUGGAGUUAUAUCUCAGAUAUUACUUAUGGAGGAGUCAACCAUAGUUUACCGGGAAAUGGAGGCCGGGAGUGUGUCGAGUUCUUACCUCCAUGGCAGAGGCUUACCGAAACAAUUUGCUAUGUCGCUUUUGCUUUCUUGAUAUUUUUAAGAACGUUGCCAAAAUGUAGAAUCCCAGACAAGUUGCCGUGUUACCGAGUUGGGACUGAUUUCGGCAAAAGGUUUCUUCUGAUCUUACUUUGCUUGGUGUUUGGUAUCGAAGUCGGUUUCAAAGUGGUCACAAGACAAGUGAUCUAUUUGCUAAACCCAUGCCACGUUUUGUCGAUGGUUCAGAUUUAUUUAUUAAUUGCUCCUCCAAGUAAACUAGUGGUUUCAAUUUUCAGAAUACAAAUCUAUAUCAUAUUUGGAGCUUUGCUGGCAGUUGUUUUCCCUGUUGUAAACACAAGAACUCUGCCAUGUGAAGUGGAAGUUUAUUGGAUUCAACAUAUUUUGAUACUUGUGGUAGUGCCAUUUUUCUUAAUCUUCUGUAAAGGUCCAUACUUAAUGGAAGAUCUGUUGGACUUUAAUUGGGCAACGUUAACAUUCAGCUUGUAUACUUUUUACAUGUUCCUUGUAUUACAACCAAUUGGUAUAUUAAGCGAAGUCAAUUUAAAUAGCAUGAUCUGCCCAGCCAUUAGUGACCCCUUCAGUGGUCCAUACUACAGAAUAAUGGCAUGCUGGUACAUCCCUGCACUCAUCUUCCUUGUUGGCAAGAGUGUAUGUGUGGCAGGGACUGUAAUGUUAAAAAUGUUGGAUGACAAGAAGAUGACAAGAAUGGAUGACAAGAAGAAGGAAUAGCUUUCAUUAGAAUUAAUGCAUCUAGUCACACAUAAUUAUUGCAUCAAAGAAUAUCAUAACACAUUUGUGGUUAGGGAUAAAUUUGCUCUAGUCUUAAAAACUGAACAAAAGUAUUUUUUCACUAGCUUAAGUUUUUAAUGAGAAUGCAGACGUUUCGGUCAGAACUCUGACCUUCUUCAGUGCGUUGUAACAUUAAAAACUUAAGCUAGUGAAAAAAUGCUUUUGUUCAGUUUUUAUUAUGACUCUUCCUAGCUGCAAUUUUAAAAUAUUUGCUCUAGUCUUCAUAUAUAUAAUUAUUUAUAUUAAUGAUUGUCUCUAUUUUAGAAAAAAAGACAUUCAUGAUUUUGUCAAAGAAGGGGGGUGGGGCAGGGGGCAUUUCAGCUUGAGUGAUCUUCGUUUGACUUUUAUUUGUUAUAGGCCCAUUUGAUCAUAUACACAUGUGAAUUUGCACAAUAUAGGUAAUUAAUUAUUAUCUCUAAUUAUACUCCAUGAGAAACUGAUUGUUCCAUUCUUGUAUACAAUACAAUUAUAAUGAUUGAACUAGCAUGGAAUUUGUUAGGUAAUUUUUGAAAUCACCGUAAAAACUUUUCUCUUUGUUUUCAGCAAAUCUUAAGCUUAUGUCAUCCAAUAUUACUUAUGUAUAUAAACAUGAUAAAGAACAGAUCAACAUUAAUCUUUAAAAUAAUAUAUAGUCUGUAUAUAAUAUAUAUAAUUAUGAUAGAGUAGCUACACAAUCCAUGAAAUCUAAAUGGUUCAAAUUAGGUGCUAACUUCUAUGCUAAUUUCUUUGUUUCCUACUGUUAAUCAAUACUAUAAGUAAUUAAAGUACUAUAUAUUUCCUAGAUGAAGUGCAUCUACUCUAUACAUGAAUAAUAUAUGAUUGACAAAAUUAAUGUACUCUAUAGAUGAUGAAGUCAGUUUUACUGAAAAACAUAUACAUUUUUAAUUAAUAUAUCUAGACAUUUUUGAAUGUUAAGCCACGCCCAAACACAAGUCAUUUCUCUGCCAUUUACCACUACCCUCCCACUACCUAAUGCGUACAUACAUCAAGUUCUGAUGAUUGUUCAUUGGUUUUCACUAGAACACAAUUAAAUUACAUUCAUAAAAGCAAAGCACAAAGGCCAUGUAUAUUGUUGACCAAGUGUGCUUGUGCAAUUGAGUUGCAGUGAAAACUAUUCGUUGUCAUUGUAAUAUGUUAUAAUAUUAGACAUGCCAUGAUUAAAAUGUUAUGUUCAAAAGGUG